UGGGGGGGGGGGGGAAGCAACAUAAAUACAAGCGUUCAACACUCUGUGUUUGCGAAUGUGUAACAAACAUUUAAUAACAGCACGCUCUUACUUUGCCAGCCGACCAUGUACUUUGUUUUGAUAGCGGAGGAAAUCGUUUUGGCUUUGGAGGCAUUCGAAGUUUCACACAUGGACCGCGAACGCACCAACGCUAUCAAGGACUUCCAAAAUGGCGGAUCCGACGACGUCGCCCGAGAACCACGCCAAGCACUCGGAUGUGGCGUUCGCCGAUGGCGUCUUUGACCCCAUUCUCUUUGCUGACGCGUCCAGGACGGGGAACCUGGUGUCAAGGGCCAACAGCAUCAGCUCAAGUGCCUCUUCAGUUCCAAACACAGAUGACGAGGAUAGCGACUGCAGGCACGAGACGUUAUACAAGACUUCCUGCAAAGAUCGGCGGAGGCAGGCGCACACGCAGGCCGAGCAGAAGCGCCGUGACGCCAUCAAGAAAGGCUACGAUGAUCUGCAGUCGGUUGUGCCAACCUGCCUGCAGUCUGAAUUUGCGGUGGGAGCUCAGAAGAUCAGCAAGGCCACCAUCCUGCAGAAAACCAUCGAAUAUAUCAAGUUUCUUCACAAAGAGAAAAAGAAGCAGGAGGAGGAAGUUUCCCGUCUAAGGAAAGAAGUGACUGCGCUGAAGAUUAUGAAAACAAACUAUGAGCAGAUUGUGAAGGCAUACCAGAACCAUCCACAGCAAGGCGCGGACCAGGUGUCGGACCAGAUCAAGUUCAACAUCUUCCAGAGCAUCAUGGACUCGCUCUUCUACACCUUCAGCAGCUCCGUGUCGGUCAACAGCUUCCAGGAGUUGUCGGCCAGCGUGAUCAAUUGGAUCGAGGAGCACUGCAAGCCGCUGAUGCUGAAGGAAUUUGUCGUCAGCGUGUUGCGGCAGGUCAACGGGCAGCUCUACUGAUGCGGGCUGUGACGGUACACGAUUGUGUAUAUGUUAGCUGCGGGGGCACACUCGAUGUAUGUCUCAUCUUGGCGAUUUGAGUCGGUUUACAUUUGUGAUAACGUGACGCGAGACAAAACAGUGGUGUUUUUAAAAGCCGACAACAGCCAAUGUCAAGACACGGGCCUCGGAAUGUUAUCAAGAGCAAUGUGUUUCAGUGUGUGUGGAUUUUGUCUCUCAGGGCUAAAGAGAGUCUUUGGCAGAAUUUGUAGAGAUGUCACUAAAUUGUUCUGAUGUGCCUAAAAUGGCCAGUGAUGACUUAGCUACAUCGGCACCGAAAGCAGCCUCCGUCCAGGACAAUUCAAACCAAUUUCCAGGGCAAGAAAUUUCCCAUUAUAUGUGAUGUGUCAAACUACAAGCACUACAAUCCUACCCGAGCCUUACAAAGUGCAUAUCAUAGGGGGGGGACGGUAAAGCUUGCCUCUAAUGACCUGUUCUGCUCAGAUCAGAUGUUACUCUCCGAAGCAGGACACUCCAGGGUAGCUUCCCGCACUAAGAUAAUUAAAUGCGUGGUGACGUCAGUUUGGCGGCUUUCACCAAUAGUACGUAGACACAAUCCUCUUACAAACUAGCGACGGUGUGCCCCGUGAUGCCUCUUAAUACUACCUCACAAGCCGGCUAAUUCCCGGGCCGACUUCAUCCUGCAUCGGUCCCUCACAAUCAGGUAACCGAGCAAGUAAAAAGGUGUUUGGUUGCCAGCGUGUAAGGGGCUGACUGUCUUUUGUACAGAAAGCUAGCCGGUGAUUUGUAAAUACAUAAAGGGAAGCUUUAAUUGUCUUAUGACUUAGUGAGUUUGUACUUUUAUGGACAAUUUCAAAUAUUUUUUGUGGGCAUAAUUUCUAUCUCAGUUCUCAGAAUAGCCGAGGAUUGUGUGUACAAGCAGCAUUGCAGCCUUCUUUUAUCAAAAGCAUUUAAUAUAAUGCCUCAUGGCGUCCCCAAACAAAGACUUCGGCUCUUGAUUAGCUUAGAGUUAAGUGGUGUGCCACAAAUCAAUGUGAGCACAGACUUGUAUAUUUUGCCUCUAGAUCUGUUUUAACCAAGUGUGCCUCAGGGGUAUGUCCUUGGAUUACUCUUGGUCAUUCUGUCAAGUCUAAAUCCAAACGCACCUGUAGUCUGGUAUUUUGUUCUGUUAGUUGGUAUUGAACUGCCCCUCCCCUUAUUUAUUUUAGGCAAAACACAACAUUGUUCUCUUGAUGUUUCUUACUGAUUAUACGCGUUCAAUGUUGGCUUGUUUUCUAACUCUGUCGUGGCCACAAUCAUUUCUUACCUGACUGUCUUUCCUGGUGGAAUAAAAGUGUCUGAAGUAGUCUA